CACUACACCAAGGAAUAAUUAAUUUUCUCUCAACCAAUUCGCUAUUUUUUAUCCGCGAAACCAAAUAAUUUCGCUACAGAAUCGUGGACUUCUUUAGAGUGACACCUUUACAUAUUUUCUUCUCUCCCGUUGCAAUAUACACGACGCCGGGGAAGCUUAAUUCGCGUCGAGCCAACGCCAAGAAACGAGGUGACCGGAGAGCGCCGGGGGAGGCGGCGCCAAUGGCGGCGGCGGCGGCCGGCGCGGACGCGGACGCGGAGCUGGAGUUCGAGUUCUUCCCCAUCAUCCGCCGCUACAAGAGCGGCCGCGUCGAGCGGUUCAUGAACGUCGACCCGCUCCCGGCCGGCACCGACCCGGCCACCGGCGUUAUCUCCAAGGACGUCGUCAUCGACCCGGCCGUCGGCCUCUGGGCGCGCCUCUUCCUCCCUCCCGGCGCCCGCCAGGGUAAGCUCCCCGUCGUUGUGUACUACCACGGCGGCGCCUACGUCGUCGGAUCCGCCGCUGACCCGUUCACGCACCACUACCUCAACGGCCUCGCCGCCGAGGCAGGUGUCCUGGCCGUCGCGCUGGAGUACCGCCUCGCGCCGGAGCACCCGCUCCCGGCCGCGUACGACGACGCGUGGGAGGGGCUCAGGUGGGUGGCGUCGCACGCCACGGCGGGAGGCGCCGGCGCGGAGCCGUGGCUGCUCGAGCACGGCGACUUCUCCCGCGUGUUCGUGGCGGGAGGCAGCGCCGGGGGCAACAUCGCGCACUACGUGGCCGCGCGCGCCGGCGAGCACGCCGGCCUCGGGCUCGGCAUCAGGGGCCUGCUCGUCGUGCACCCCUACUUCAGCGGCGCGGCGGACAUCGCCGCGGAGGGGACGACGGGGAAGGCGGAGAAGGCCAAGGCCGACGAGUUCUGGCGGUUCAUCUACCCGGGCUCGCCGGGGCUGGACGACCCGCUCUCCAACCCCUUCUCCGACGCCGCCGCCGGCAGCGCCGCCCGCGUCGCCGCCGAGCGCGUGCUGGUCUGCGUCGCCGAGAAGGACUCGCUCCGCGACAGGGGCGUCUGGUACUACGAGAAGCUCAAGGCCAGCGGCUACGCCGGCGAGGUGGACCUCCUCGAGUCCAUGGGCGAGGGCCACGUCUUCUUCUGCAUGGACCCGCACGGCGAGAAAGCGCGCGAGAUGCAGGCGCGCAUCCUCAGCUUCCUCCGCAAGUGAGCAACACAACACCUUCAGCUGAAGGCUUCCCAUGAUGCAAUAAUUUUGGCGGCUGCGAAUUCGCCAUUGUUGAGCUCGAAAGCUUUCUGUAACUUGUUCCUCGUUAAUUCAUCAGGCAUUUAUUUGUGCCAGUUGAGAAUUUUA